GGCCGGUAGGGGCGCUGCGCAGCCUGUGCGGCGCUAUAUAUAUACCGGGCAGUCGCAGCUGUCUCCAGCAGACACACAUUGACCUGCAGCGGAGUGACAGCAGACACUGGCCAGCAGCAAGCAACCAAUCACUGGACAGUAGCAAACAGGCACUGGCCGGGGGACAGCAGCAAGCAGUGAUCAUCAGGCACUGCUCAGCAGCAGCAAGCACUUGUCAGGAGGCAGCAUCAGAAAGCAAGCAAGGAUCAGCAGGCACGAGUCAGCAGACAGCCUGAGCUCAUCCUGGAUUCCCGGAGCUCCUCACCAUGCUGGGCUGGCUAUAGGAGCUCCAUGGAGCUGGCUAACUUCUACGAGGUCGACUGCCGGCCGUCCAUGAGUGUGCAGCCCCAGAGCCAGCACGGUGCGUACGGUUACAGAGAGCCCCCCAGCGGCGGAGAGCUCCACGGACUCUGCGAGAACGAGAACUCCAUAGACAUCAGCGCCUACAUAGACCCCGCAGCCUUCAACGACGAGUUCCUAGCAGACCUCCUCCACAACAGCAAGCAGGACAGAGCCAAGGUGGCAGAGUACCAGGGAGCAGCAGGGCACCCCAUGUAUGGCUGCAUGGCCACCUACCUGGACAACAAGCAGGACACCAGUCUCAGACCUCUGGUGAUCAAGCAGGAGCCCAGGGAAGAGGACGAACCCGGCAGAGCCUCCCUGGCCGCCCUGUACCCCCACCACGGCCAGCAGCACCCAUCCCACCUGCAGUACCAGGUGGCCCACUGUGCCCAGACCACCAUGCACCUGCAGGCUAGCCACCCAACGCCACCACCCACCCCUGUGCCAAGCCCUCACCACCACCCAAAUCACCCUCAUCACCACCCUCACCACCUGCAUGCAUCUGCGGCCAAGAGCAUGUCCUCAUCGGCAUCUUCUACGUCCUCGGAGAGCAGGGGCAAGUCCAAGAAGUGGGUGGACAAGAGCAGCACCGAGUACAGGGUGAGGAGGGAGAGGAACAACAUAGCAGUGAGGAAAAGCAGGGAUAAAGCCAAGAUCCGUAAUGCUGAGACCCAGCAGAAGGUGAUGGAGCUGUCUUCUGACAAUGAGAAGCUGAGGAAGAGAGUGGAGCAGCUGAGCAGGGAGCUGGAGACCCUCAGGGGCAUCUUCAGACAGCUGCCAGAGAACUCCCUGGUCAAAGUCAUGGGCAACUGUGCAUGAGCUCCCAGAGCCAGCAAUCCCUACAGACUGUGUGCCAUUGGAUCUAAGACUUGUGCCAAGGGCCAAGGACACUUCUCUCUUUUUCUUUUUAGAAAAGACUUGGAACUUAAUGUGAAGAAGACCAAACGACCCCCUUAUGUCAUAAAGUAUGUCUUGGAUUCCAGCACCCCCCCCCCCUCAGACUCUUAAUUCUGGUGAGAAAAGCUUCACCCCAGACCUGCAGAGUAGAAAUGUUUCAGCCAGGCAGCUGUUGUACUUUUCCUUAAAGGUGGUGCUAUCAAGGAAUAGUCUAAAUGAGAGGUCCCCCCACCUCCAUACCUGUGACAUUCUGUAGUCUUAUACAUUUUUGUCUAUUUUGUGUACUCUGAUAAAAAAUAA